UGUUUUGACCAUAGAGAUAACAUCAAGUAACGAGUAUCUCUUGUGUGCUAUCUACUUGGGGCUAGGCCCGUUGGCCCGUAGCCCAUAGCUCCACUAACGAGCUUGGUUAUUCACUGGUUCUUCAACGUCAUGACAAGAAACCUUAUCGUUACAGAAACAUCAAAGUGCGAACAUUUUCUGCUUCUUUGGUUGCAACUCUGGCUCCGACUCCGGUAGUAACUUUAUCCUUUGCCCAUCCCGAUAUACAGAUUUGAGAAAACUAUUAGGAAAGUCCGUUUUUAUCACAUAAAUGGAAGUUGCGAAUUAUAUGCCACAGAGUUAGAUAAAUAGAAUGUAUUGCAGAGGUUGUGUCAGAAAGUAAGGAAUUUUUGGUAGUAAUUUUUUAAUCAGGUAAAUUCGUAGUCUGCAUGUAAAUUACCUGUCCCAAACAAUUUCUUUAAUUUUGAUACCCUAUUCCAUAAUUUUAAUUGAAAAAGUAUACCCUACCCUGAUCCACAGCACAACCUGUCAAGUAUGGGGGUUCCUCCGGUGGAAUAGAUACAGAACCAUUGUGAAAUAUGAUAUCGAUGAUACUUUGUUCACGUCUCACAAACCAUAUUAACUCAUCUUAUGUUGUGUCACAACAAAGUCUUUGCCAGGGAACAGAUCUUGCGAAGAGACAGACAUGUCGCUUCAUAGCGUUUCCGUCAAUGGAAAAUACAUUUUGAUUACAGCUCUGCUUUUGAGCUCCCUUGUCAUUGGUUGUUUAAUUGGAUACGCAAUAAAAACUCGCUCGACACAAAAAGAUAGAAUUUACACAUCAAGUAAUGCUGAAGAAAAGGAGACUACGAGAUUUCAGCAACACAAGGAAGUGAUCGAUGAAAUGGAUGCAAAGAAUAUCGAAAAGGAUACCAAGUAUUUGUCAAAUUCCCCUCGAAUGUCAGGUUCGCGCAAUGCAGACGUAAUAGCUGAUUAUGUGGCUACCAAAUGGCGUAAUUUUGGUUUGGAGACUGUUAAAAUUCAUAAAUACGACGUGCUUCUAUCGUAUCCAGAAAAUCCUGCACAAAUAACCUCAAUCGCAGUUAAUGGAACGGUCUUCAACUUCACAAUCAGGAAUCCUGCAACAGGUAGCAAAGCAAAUGGUAUUGUGUCCCCAUUUCAUGCUUAUUCGCCCUCCGGAAAUGUAAGUGGGUAUCUUGUCUAUGCAAAUUUUGGAACAGAACAAGACUUCAAGGAACUAAAUGACAAUGGAGUGAGUGUGACAGGAAAAAUUGUCAUAAUGAGACACGGGUUUCCUUAUCGGGGCCAACAAGUUGAUUAUGCGAGCUUAAAUGGGGCGGUAGGGGUCAUCUUAUUCUCUGACCCUAUGGAGAUGAACCCAAAUGGAAAUGAUGCUACGUACCCAAACGGAUGGGAGUUACCCGAAUCUGGUAUUCAAAUUGGAACAGUACUAGAAACAACAGGCGACCCACUUACUAGAGGCUAUCCUUCAAAGCAAGAUUUCUACCGACUAAAUGUCUCCAAGGCUUCACCACUCCCAAGUAUUCCUUCACAACCGGUUGCAUUUAAAGACGCCAAGGUUCUUCUGCAAGCAAUGGAUGGAAAAGACGCAUCAAAACACUUCCAAGGCGCUGGUGGAUUUACAUACAAGCUAAAUUCUUCACUUUUAAUUAGGAUGAACAUUCAAAAUAAGCUGGAGGUGAAAACUCUGAGCGUUAUAUCUGGUGUGAUUUAUGGAAAUGUUGAGCCAGAUAGAUAUGUUUUGAUUGGAAGCCACCGUGACAGUUGGGCGUAUGGCGCGUCAGACGCAUCUGGUGCGCAAGCUACUCUCAUGGAAAUUGCGCGAUGUUUGGGAAAAGCAAGGCUAUCUGGUUGGCGACCACGUAGAAGUAUCAUGUUUUUGAGCUGGGACGGGCACGAGCAUGGGAUGCAUGGUUCCACAGAAUGGGUAGAAGAGCACGCCUCUAUGUUACAGGAACAAGCUGUGGCCUAUUUGAAUAUAGAUGUUGCUGUUGAAGGAAAUUACACGAUCGAUUUAAGAUCUACACCAGAACUUAAUGAUGUUCUCUUUGAUGAAACAAAGACCCUUACUGAACCUGUAUCGAAAAUAAAUUUGUACGAGGACUGGAUUCGAAAAAGCCCAAGUCCAUCUGAAAAAAAUGAACCAAGAACAAUUGUUCUUAUUACUGGAAGUGACUAUAAACCAUUUUACCACACCAUCGGUGUCUCAUCUGUCGAUUUAAAGUAUACAUAUGCAAAGACAAGAGGAACAAGGUAUCCACUUGGAAAUCCAAUUGUUGAUGCAAUUUAUAAUAUCCGGCCCCAUAAGUUUAAUCGAAAAAGUAUACCGUACCCUGAUCCACAGCACAUCCUGUCAAGUAUGGGAGUUCCUCCGGUGGAAUAG